CCAGCCGGGGCCCCUCCCGUUCCGGGCCGCGUGCGGGCCAGGCCAACGCCGGGAACGCGCAGCCUCCGGACCCUACGCGCGGAGAACCGUUUCCGGGGCGGAGGCUUUUUUGCGUCUGACCCGGCGCGCCGAGUGACGCAUGGGCGCAGGCGGAAGUGCGGGCGGAGGAUCCCGAGGCUGAGCCCGAACCCGGAGCGGGUCUCGGGGCCCCCGGGCUGUGGGCGCUGCCGGGCCUGGCAGCGAUGGCUGCCCUGUGGGGAGGCCUCCUUCGGCUCGGCUCCAUGCUGCGCCUGUCGUGCCUGGCGCUCUCCGUGCUGCUGCUGGUGCAGCUGUCAGACGCCGCCAAGUGAUUGCCUUCAUGUUGUAGACCCCAUGCCUGUGCGGGGGCCUGACGUAGAAGCAUACUGUCUACGCUGUGAAUGCAAAUAUGAGGAAAGAAGCUCUGUCACAAUCAAGGUUACCAUCAUAAUUUAUCUCUCCAUUUUGGGCCUUCUGCUUCUGUACAUGGUGUAUCUUACUCUGGUUGAGCCCAUACUGAAGAGGCGCCUCUUUGGACACUCACAGUUGAUACAGAGUGAUGAUGAUGUUGGGGAUCACCAGCCUUUUGCAAACGCCCAUGAUGUGCUGGCCCGCUCCCGCAGCCGAGCCAACGUGCUGAACAAGGUAGAAUAUGCCCAGCAGCGCUGGAAGCUUCAAGUUCAAGAGCAGCGAAAAUCUGUCUUUGACCGUCAUGUUGUCCUCAGCUAAUUGGAAAUCACAUUCAAGGUGACUGGAAAGAAACAAGGCAGACAACUGGAAAUAAUUGACUGAGUUUUCUUGGGUUUUGUUUUAAUAUCCUAUUGAUUUCACCAGCUGUUGCUGGAAGAUUCAAAACUGGAAGCAAAAACAUGCUUGGUGUUGUUUUCUUGUUUAAUGUAUUAAUAGAAACAUUUUUAAAAGCACACAACUCAAAGUCAGCCAAUAAACCUUUUCCUAUUUGUGACUUUUACUAAUAAAAAUAAAUCUGCCUGUAAAUUAUCUUGAAGUCCUUUACCUGGAACAGGCACUCUCUUUUUCACCACACAGUUUUAACUUGAUUUUCAAGAUAAUUUUCAGGGUUUUUUGUUUUCCUGGUGGGUGCGGGGAGGGAUGCCUGGGAAGUGCUUACCAACUUUUUUCAAGUCACUUUACUAAACAAACUUUUGUAAAUAGACCUUACCCUCUAUUUUCAAGUUUCAUUUACAUUUUGCAGUGUGCCAGCCUCACCCGAGUGCUGACUUGCCCAUUUGACUUCUGCACUGACCCUGUUAUCUGUGGUAUCUGGUUGGCUUGGGGCUGCACUUGAUGAUAAACUGGAUCUGAAAUGCCUGGAGGCACUUCACAGAAUGCAUAUUUUCUUCAUGUACUGAUGUCUGAUGCAAUGCAUCCUAGAACAAACUGGCCAUUUGCUAGUUGACUCUAAAGACUAAACAAGUCUUGGUGUGUGUGGUCUUUCUCAUCUUCUUCUAGUAUCUUUAAGGACAAAUCCUAAGGACUUGGACACUUGCAAUAAAGAAACUUUCUUUUAAACCCAAGCCUCCCUGGAUUGAUAACAUACACACAUUUGUCAGUAUUUCCGGUUGUGUUAAGAGGCAGCUGUUUCAGCUCUAGUGUGUGCAGCUUUGAAUUAGGACUAGGGUUUAGGGUGCCUCUCUCUAAAAGGUGUAACAGUUAUUGGAUAACUGGAUUUUUUCUUCCUAUGUCCUCUUUGGAAUGUAACAAUAAAAAUAAUUUUUGAAACAUCUAUCAAUAUA